AGAUGCGCUGUUGCCGGAGAGACUCCCACAGACGGAAUUCUCAGUCGAGGAAACCCCAUUUUUUCAAAGUGAUCCUCCAUUCAACUGUCGAUGACGGACAGCUUGUGAUCCCAGUUGAAUUUGUUCGUAGAUUUGGAGAAGAUCUAUCUGAUUCUGCAGUUCUCAAGCUUCCUAGCGGCAAAGAGUGGGUUGUAGAGUUGAAGAAAACUGAUGGAAGGGUUUGGUUCCACAAUGGUUUUCAAGGAUUCUUGGAGUAUCACAACAUAUCUGUUGGAUACUUCAUAGUUUUUAGAUAUGAAGGGGAUUCCCAAUUCCUUUGUCUUAUUUUCAAUGAUAAUUCUUGUGAAAUAAAAUAUAAGCUUCAAGAGUCGAAUCUUCAAGAUAAUCUUGAAAAUGAAGAAAGUGGAGAAGAAGAGGACACUCCAGCUUCCUUGAGAAAGAAGAUUAAGAAACAUGGAAAAAGAAGUUCUGCUGGAAGCCCGGUCACUCAACCUUACUGUCCUGCUCAGAAAAAAAGGAAAAUGAAUAAUAUUGUGGGAAAGCGAACCAAGCCAAAUCCUUCGGGAGAGGAGGUGACCAAAGGAUUUGAGAACCAACAGACAGCUGAAGAUGAAUCGCAUCUGUGUUUAGAAGAUGAAUAUGAAUUGGCUUUUCUGAGGAAGGAAAGGCCAGUGACAAAGAAAGAAAGAGAAAGGGCAAUUUGCGCAGCCAAGACAUUAAAAACUAAAAAUCCUUCAUUCAUGGUCGUCAUGACACCGUCCUAUCUGCGCAAGGGACUGAAUGUUCCUCUUGUAUUUGCAAGGGAUCAUUUCUCCGUGGGAUUUCACCGUGUCAAACUUCGGCUGUCAAAUGGGGGAACAUGGCCUGCCCGGUUCUUUCUUCGCAGUAGCAUUAAAGCACUUCUUAGUGGUGGAUGGAAUGCAUUUGCUCGGGAAAACAUUCUUUUAGAAGGAGACUGUUGUGUAUUUGAGGUGCUUAACAAGAAAGAUAUUGAGAUGAAAGUAUCAAUUUUCCGUGUUGUGGAAGAUUGGGUCCCACUUGUUGGAUCUAUUAUUGCAAAGACAAGGAUUCCUACGACUAUCAAAGAAAGUAAAGCCACUCAAGCAGCAAGAGAGUUCAAGUCUGAAUAUCCAUUCUACACGGUUUAUAUACAUCAAAGCUAUGCUCGGAGGUGUGGGAUGAUUAUGAAGGCUGACUUUGUCAAGAGCCAUAUGACAGAUGAAGUAGAUACAAUCACACUUCAGAAUUCAGAUGGGAGAAAAUGGUCUGUCAAGUGUUUUAUUAAGGAUGGUGCAGGUAAAUUUGGUCGUGGUUGGGGUGCAUUUGCAAAGGAAAAUAAUGUAGAAGAGGGAGAUGUUUGUGCUUUUGAGCUUCUUAAAAAGAAGGGUACUGUUUUGAAGGUCUCCAUUUUAAAAAAUCACUGAACAUGUGGUGAAACUGUAAUACUUGGAGAGUUAAAUGAAAUUUUACUUUCCUGUUUUCCUA